AUGCAAACACGUUCAACAUUAGAUACAAGUUUAAAUAAUUUAUUUACAAAUAUUGAAUGGUUAGGUAGACGUGAUUUAUUAUCCUAUGAACAACUUUCAUAUGAUACUAUAUUAACAUCAAUCCAAAAUAAUAUUCUUAUUGAACUUGUUGAAGAAUUAUAUGCACGUACAAAACAAUCAUCAACAUUAGCAUAUGAAGCUUUACUUUUAUUACGUCCUUUGUCAUUAUUACUUGCACACAUUAGUUUUUUUUUCGUGCUUUAA